AUGGCGUAUAUUCAUUUUUGCAUGCUUUUUGUCGUUGCUAUUUUGUUCAUCGCGGCAGUUGUUGCCGAAGAUAAGAAAGAGGAGAUGAAGGAAGCUGAAUCUUACGUCGCUCCUGCCGUUUACGGACACGGUGCCUAUGGCCACGGAUAUGGUGGCUACGGACAUUUGGGAGCAGCCUACGGUGCCCACGGCUAUGGAGGUCUUGCUGCAAGCGCUCGCCAUGGAGCUUAUGGAUAUGGUGCUCAUGGACUCAACGCCAACGCUGCUCAUCGCAACCUGAACGCCUAUGGUGCCCAGGGCGGCUACGCCGGACAUUACAGAGAUAUCGGUGCUUACGCCCGCAACAAGGGAGCCGGAUACGAGAAGGCUUACUCUUAUGAUAAGCAGGCUCGUUACCACAACCGUGGUGGUGCCGCUGCUGGUUAUGGCUCUCGUUAUGGUCUCCAUGACAACUAUGGCCACUCCAACCUUGGUGCCUACGGCCGUUAUGGACAUGGUGCCUAUGGUGCUAAUGACCUGUCUGCUGCCCAUGGCUACGGUGCCUAUGGUCGUCUAGGAGCUGGAUAUGGUUCUCAUGGCUACGGGUAUGGCAACUAUGGUCACGGAUAUGCCCCCGCCUACUACGGUUAUGGUUACCACUAA